GGGAUCUAGCAGGACUCCGGGGUCCCUCUGACAUGAGCCAGGGGGGGGGGGGUGAGAACCAGGAAGAAAAGGAAACGUGCUGAUCAGGUUGGGUGUGUCGAUCCCCGCCUCCCCUCCUUUUAGUGAGUGCCUUGCACCCUGACCCUGCUCAUCCGGUGCGGCUCUUUACACCUGGAACUUGAAGAGGGGAGACUGACCUGUUGGAUUUCUGCCUGUCAAGGACACAGAAAGGCGGUAACCUUCGGCCCCGUGCUGGGCUAGAGCAAAGGAGGAGGAGCCAGGGGGCAUGUGCAAGGGAACAGGCUGUUUCGGACAGGCAAAGGCAAGCCGGAUUACCAUCUGGGGGGCCCUCCCCAGGAGGCGGAGCUGCGGGCUCAGGUAUCCUGCCAGGUGCACUCUACACUUUGCUCUGGGUGGAGUAGUGGAGAGGCAACAGGCAGUCAUCCAAAAGAUGGGAUCUGGAGAAACCAACUAAAUUUUCAGUUGAUCAGCACUGACCAUUUUUAACGAUGUGAAAGAUUCGCACUGGGCACUAUUUAUAGAAAAUAAUCUACAUUCCAAUACACCUACUCCACAACCCAUAUAAUUUCUUGUUUUGCAAGAGUAAGACUCUACCAGAAAAGGGAGAAACUAGGUGAAAGAAAUUUAGGUUUCAGUUUCCUUGAAAUGCCACUUAACAGAUUUCUUGGAUAUAUUCUUGAUUAGUGGCAUGUAUCGCAGCGGAGGGCAGGUGUCUAAAUAGUAAUCUGGAACAGGGUUCAUCAUUUAGCAGCCAUGACUAAUUUAAAUAGAUGUUGAGUCUGAUUCUGGUGUGGUUAAUAAUCACAGAACAGAUAUUUUUGAGAUUCGUGUAGUGAUCACAAAAGAACACCUGGAGACGGCAAAAAAUCAGACUGUAACCAAUCCACUGUGGGCAUGCAGGAACUGAAAAAAUAAGCUCUAAACUAAUUAUUUACAUGUUGACUGUAGAUGUUGCUCAGGUCUAAUCUUCCUAAGAUUAGAUAGUUGUCCUCAGUUUGUAUCCUUGAGUAUCUAGAAUCUGGUAUUAGAAAGAACCAAGAAUUUCCCUAUGCUAAAAGCUGACUGAGGGGCAUCCAGAGAACAGUAUAGUUUCUGGAUUCAAUGAGGAGACAAUUUAGAGGUCAAAUUCAAGUAGAAAUAGAAUUUAGAUUGAUUGCUAGACGCAAUCAAUCAGACAAAUGAUGUGGAUCCUGUAAUCGGGACGCUAAUCUUCAAAUUCUAGACUGUGAAAAAAAUACAAGGUUUGACAAACUAGUAACUCAAAUCCAGAAACAUGAACUGCGAGUGAGCGGGCUCUUGGAUGUGUCGGUCUGUAAAAAUUCUAGAUUUUGCUGGAACUUAUAACUGCUUAGAACUACGUGAGGAAUCAGAAAAUCUGAGGAGGACCGAGAAGUCAGGAUUUCCUUCUUUUCCCACCCCCUUGAUUCAUGGAUAGCCCCAAUAAUUUCUGCCGCCUUUGCGGGACAGUGCUGCGUGGGAACCAUCGGCGAUGGUUGUUCAGUCGCAGUGGCCGCAACACCCGCCCUGACCUGCUGGUGGUGCUUUCGUACGUACUCAGCCGAGAGGCUCCGUGUCGUGGCGAUGGGCGUGGGGAGUUCUUGUGUGGAAAAUGUGCGCAGGCAUUGAGUCGGAUAUACCGCUUUGACACCGUCAUUACCCGGGUGCAAGCCCUGUCCAUUGACCGCCUGCAGCGCUUGCUCUCUGAAAAAGACCAGCUUGCCCGCUCCCUGCGUUAUAUCCAUGCGCAGCGGUUCCCGGAUGCGAGUGACUCUGUGUCUUACACAGGACAGGAGAUAUCGGCGAGUAUAGCAGACUUGCCACAUGUGCGUUACCAGCGCCUACUCCAGGACGACAUGGCCCUCUCUGAAUACGAAUGCUGGGCCAGUGAAGCUGACAGUAGCCCACUGAGCACGCCAUGCCGGAACCGCCGAUGCCGCAGCUGCCACGGGCUCAGAGUGGAGGACUCGGAUUAUGAGUGGGUGUGCCGGACACCUAGAAGGCUCGGUUUCUUGUCUCCUGGCUACCCUCUGUGCCGAGACAAGUCCCAGAGUAUGCCCACCGUGCGCUACGCUGGAUCUCGGGCCUCUGUUCGGUCGCAGAGUCUAGGGGAUGCAGAAUCGUGCUCGAUGUUAUCGCUGGACACCCUGCCAGAGUCGGAUUUGGCUUGGGAGGCUCUGAGGGUGCUGAAGGACAUUAGGAGAAAGCGUCUCAGGGUGCCAGAGGGCAGCAAGAUCCCAGUCCUCGUAGGGAGAGCCCCCAAGGACAGGAACGGGUCCACCCCUCGUAGGGAGAGCCCCCAAGGACGGGAGGUGUAUGAAGAAAUGGAGGAUGAUUUUAUCCCAGUAGAGUCAAAGCUCCAAGGUCAGCAGGUCCUGUGCCAAGACCUCGGAGAGGCUUUUGAGAACCUGAAGGCCCGCCUGGAGGCAGCUGAGGAGGAGCUGAGAAGCUUUCGGGAGAACCAAAGAGAGGACUUGAGCCAGGAGGCUGGAACUCCCCCUAAGAUGGCCGUGGGUAGCCAGGAGCGGGUGAUCCGACAGCUGGCAAGGAGCCUAGAAAGCAAGGAAGGGGUGUUACAGGAUUGCCUGGUCCUCUUGCAGUCUCUGGGCUCUCCAGGAGGGCAGCCCUUCAUGUUGGAGGCUGUGGUGAAGCAGAUGACCCAGCGCCUCAAGGAGAGAGACCAGGCUUCAGAGAAAACUCUUUCCAGUCACUUCUUAGCGCUGGAAUCCCAGCAGCGGGAGCUGCAGCACCUUCAAGAGGCGAUGAAGGACAAAGAUGCAGACCUGGCCCGGCUCAGCGCAGCUCUCCGCACGGGGGAGGAGACCAUGCACGCCUUGCGUGAGGUGCUGCACCAGAAAGAUCAGGAGAUCUGGCGCCUGGAAUCCCUCUGUGCCUCCACCCGUGAAUCCUGGCAGCAGCGGGACCAGACUUUGCUCCUGACUUUGAAGGAGAAGGAAUCCUUAGUCGCAGCCUUGCAGGGGGCAUUGGCCAGCAGCAAUAAGGAUGUGGAGGCCCUUGCAAAUUCCUUCACGAGUUCAGACUUUGCCCCAGGGCUGCUCCAGCGAAUCCAGGAGAAGGAAGAUUUGCUGACCCGGGCCUUGGCUGACCAGGAACGGAUCAGAGUCCAGUGGCAGAGACACCUGCAGGUGAUGGAAGAGGCAGCAGCCAACAGGGGAAAAGAGCUGCAGGACCAGUUGUGUCGGCAUUCCCAGGAAGCCCGAGAACGGGCACAGGAGACUGAAAAGCUGCGCCGGCACCUGGCUGAGGCAGAGGCAGAACUAGCCAAGGGGGCGUCGGCACUAGAAGACUGUCAGACGGAACUGGCUCGACUUCGUGCUGUGGGGGACGAGAAGGAUCGUAUUCUGGAGAAAGUUCUGCGGGAGGCAGAGGAGAAGGACCAGAUUCUCCAGAAACUGCAGGGGUGCUGGGUGAAGAGGGCAGAGGGCAGGCGCCCACUCGGGAUGAAAAGGAUGCUGGAUGGCAGAGUUUCAGGCCAGUCUCUUCUCCCUCCCACCUGAUUUCAAGACGCCUGAAAAUCCAGAGAUGUUGAAGAGAAUGAAGAGGUAGCUGGCAUGUCGGAAGGCCUCAGGGCCCUCUUCGUUCGACUGGGAGGGAUAGCUGUAAAAGACGGAGCUGCUUUUCGUUUCAGAAAGGAAGGGGUGGUGUGGGACGUGAACUUCAGACACCUCUGGUCAACAGCACUUCACUAAAGUAUGACUGCGGGUUGUGGGUUUGUGGUAAGGGCGUGGGGCACCCCUGACUACCUUAGAAGCUGAGGGGGAAUACACUGUAGAGCUCAAAGCUUGUUCCUUCAGACUGCAUUGCCUGAAAUUAAAGAAAGCAUAUCCUGA